UCUCACUGCUCACCUCUCUUCCAGGCGGUGGGGGCCGCGCGCGCGCGCGCACCUACAUUCCCGCGCAGGGCCGUCGGGCGUGCGUGCCACCUCUUCGCACGCACAGUGCGCCGCCGUGUGACGUCACGACAGAGAGCUGCCACCGGCGCGAUAGAGGUGUUUGAUUUGCGGCGUGCUCGACGCUGUCGGUGAGUGUGAGUGUGCGCGGUGUGACUCGGUGUGCGCACGUGACGAGCUGACGUGACAAGACCACGAGGCGGGCGGAUUGGACGAGGACAUCUUUCCGACUGCGGACGCAUUCGACCUGGCCCUGAACAUUCCUGUGGAGCAGGAGUGCCGUAUGUCCCAGCAGACCUAUCAGACUCCCAGUCUUGGAGACGAAGAGUUUGACCUACCGCCGCUGCUGUCUGAGGGGGGACAGGGUCAAGGCCAGGGCCAGGGUCAAGGUCAGGCGCCCGCCACCAGCAUGUACCCGGGAAUGGAGAUGUCGGCACCGAUGACGUCCACCGUGGACACGAUGACGUCAUCAGGGUUUCAGCCGGUGCCACAGCCACCGGGUCAUCCGCACCACCCCAUGUUCUUCAGGGACCUGUACGGCGGCUCCGGCGUACCGGGCGGCCUACCUCAGCCCCCCGUGCGACCCUACCCGGGUGCCGGCCAGCAGCACCCGGGCUCUCUCUACGCGGCACACGAGUUGAUGGCUGCGGCGGCGCACCAGCAGCAGCAACACCAGCAGCACCGGGCGCCCCUCUAUAGUGCCGGGGGACUCAUGGGACCGCCUGUGUCGGGGUCACCAGCAGCGCGGAUCAGCCAGUCACCUGGUCAUACGGGAGGAGAGGAGAGCGGUGAUGAUUCAGAGAGGAGGGUACAGCAGCAGCAGCAGCAGCAGCAGCAACAGCAGUGGUUGCGGACCGAGCAGAGGCCUUCGCCAGAGCCUGCCCAGGUCGAUAUGGGCAACAUGAAGCCCGCCAAGAAGCCCAGGGUCACCCGAAAGAGGAAGAAACGCGACCCCAACGAACCGGAAAAGCCUGUGUCAGCGUACGCCUUGUUCUUCCGGGACACGCAGGCCACCAUCAAGGGCCACAAUCCGAACGCCAGCUUUGGCGAGGUCAGCAAGAUCGUUGCGUCAAUGUGGGAAGCGCUGGAGACCGAUAACAAAAACGUGUAUAAGAAGAAGACGGAGAACGCUAAGAAGGAAUACCUGAAGGCGUUGGCAGCAUAUCGAGCCAGUCUUAUCUCAAAGAAUAAUGCUGAAGAACAGCAACAGCAACAACAGCAGCAGCAGCAGCAGCAGCAGCAGCAGCAGCAGCAGCAGCGGCCACCAGCCCCGGGACUGCCAUACUCCCCGUACGGGGGCUACCCCCCGCCGGGGCCGGUCCCUGGUUACGUCAACGGAGGCUUCCCGUCGCCGUACGCACGACCCCCGGGCUCACCGGCGGGCCACCAGUCGUCACUGGCGAAAAAGUCGCCCCUGCUCAGCUCACUGAUGAGCGACUCCAGGUCACCCGGCCAGGACCCCGCCGGCGCCCUGAUGCCCCCGCCGGGCAUGUACCCGCCGCAGGGUAUGCUGGGCCAGCCGCGACUGGGUGCCGGGAUGCCGGGAGGCGGCUACCAGCCAGGAGGGCUGCUCAUGCCGCCCGUCAGUCAGGCGCUCUACAUGCAUCAUCAUCACCAGCAGCAGCAGCAGCAGCAGCAGCAGCAACAACAACAGAUGGCCGAGCACCACCUGGGCAGCCCGCAGCAGCCGCCGGCCGUCUCCCGGUCGCCGCCCGGCUCCCUGGCCUCUGUGCUCUCGUCGCCGCCGCCGCCGCUGGCUUCACCACCGGCGCUCAGCUCACCGCACCACCCGCUGCACCAGCACCACCUGAUGAUGCAGCACCAGCAGCAGCUGUCGCCGCACCAGCAGCUGCGCCAGCCGGCCGGCGGUGACGCGGGGCCGCAGGGCAGCCCGGCUGCGUCUCACGGCUCGCCGGCCCCGGCCAGCGCCAGCCCGGCCACCAGUAACCCGGCGAGCAACCCCGAGUGGGAGGACCCGUACGGCGCGCCAGGCGGCAUGGCCAACGGUUGUAGAAACGGGUUCAGCAGCUGGCCUCUGGCCGGCGGCGGCCAGGGCGGCCAGGCGGCGCCCCUCACAUCACACACGCCCCCGGCCGGCUCCGGCAACUAGCCACUCGAGCUGCCGCAUCCCGUCUCCACCACGUACAAACGCUAGCGGUAGGGCGCUGCCGCCACCUACCGGCCGGCUAGUCGAGUUGCGUUUUAUAGUUUGGACGCUAGGCUGCGCUAGGAGCGCCGGUGGCCGGCACGGCGCGACGGAUAUGCACGCUUACGCCUGUAAAUAGAGAGUGAGUGAGGUGUGCAAGAGGCCAUCGUGAGAUCGGAGACCGGCAGGUGGAUCUGCGAGCUUUGAUGGCUACUGGAGAGGCCGUCACCGCCGAACCACGGGGGGCCGGGCCGCCGCUGCAGGGCGUAAGACCCCACAGAGGCUCCAGCCGACCGGCCGGCCCCACAGCUCAAUGCUGGAGCGGUGCGUUGUUCAGUAUUUGGCAGAGUUUACAUACCGCGAGUGCUGAGUGUUGGUGGUGCGCCGCCGGCCGGAAGGAAGGAAUAUCCGUGUAUGUGUGCGCGUCUGUGUGUGAGCGUUGUUAUCUCCUGCGGUGGAGUUGUAUAUAGGUUUCGCGCGUGUCGAGGUGCACGGAGUGAACGCUCGCGGCGGUGACGCCGGUCGAGUACGGAUUGUGUGAGGACGCUGCGGUCGCGAACCAGACGGACAGCCCGAGCUAAUAGCCGCUGCCGCCGGGAGGAACGGAGAGGGACCCGGUAGAGGGCGCUCAGCUGAGAGAGUGAGAGUGAGAGGCCCCCGAACGCUGGCUUCGGUGGCGCCACCUACAGACGGCCGGCUACAAAGACAGAGGGUGUGAGGAGCGCGGUGAGCGUGUGAGAGUGGGAGUGAAGGCUUCUUACGGCUCCACUGAGCCCGCCCUGUCGGCAAUGAUAGUGUUGAAAGCAAUCAGAAACGUACGUUCCUACAGGGCGGCGGCCGGCCGGCGGGGCCGCUGUCUGCCGCUCCUGUGGCCCCCUGUUUCCCCUCCGCCCGCCCCCGGGGGACAACCCGCCGGUCCGGGUCGCGGCACCGGACCUCCUGCAGCCGCAGGGUCGAUUCUACCUCCGACUGUCCCCCGGCGGAACGCUGCUGUUAUCCUUCCUGCCUCGGACUGCUGUGGGGUUCAGUAAAACCAGGCGUGAAACUCGCCUCCCACUUCAAAACGCCGAGCCUCCUAGUGGGCUCCUAGCCUUGACAAUACUCUGAAUCAUCAUUCACGUCAUGGAUUACAUCUCCCAGACUUGCUCUCCUCCAUUCAAAUCACUCAUCUCUUGCGUUCCCUCCGCCACUUCAACCCCUGUUCUGUACCUCAAACUCCCGCCAUUUUUCUCGCCCUCUGGACCCGCCCUGCCGGCGCGCGGGCGCGCGUUCCAUGCCUGCCGGCCGGAGGACCAAAGGAAGACGGUCGGCGCCGCUCGUGAGGAGGGAGCAGUGACCGUUUGUUGCACUUGGUUGUCUCGCGUCUCGCGUGUGGUGUUAUGUUCUUGCGUAACCUGGCGAAUGUGCACUGUUUCAAUAAGAGACUCUGCCGAUCGGU